UACAUCUUGGAAUAUCUAUUGCGACCUAUCCGUCCAGCCUACUCAACGCGAAUAAUGAACCGAAAUCCAAACCUCAAUACUGGCCGCACCGGCAACAGCAGUUUCACCGACCAAUUCAACGCAAACGUCGACUAUACCCGAAGUAAAAUGGGCCAGGGCCAGGAUGAUACGACCGGUAUGGGUCAAUCCGAGACCCAGACCUACGGUCAGAAUCUAGCUCAGGCUCAAGCCGAUGCGCAGAAUGAGGCGCAGGCCGGCACUGCUCCCGCUUCACGUGGUCCUGCCGUUGGGACCGGCAGCUCUGGUGCUAAUGUGGGGGAUGAUUUUAGCAAGGGUCCCUCAGAGCUCGAGACUAGCAUUGACAGUACCAAUGCGGGUGUUGACCACCGCCGGACUAGUUACUCGUUUACCGCGGCGACUCUGGCGCACCCUAACGACAGGGCCGGACCUGAUGAAUGAUUCUCAUAUACUAGUAAACUGAUGGCUUGACGAGUCCUCGAACUCUAAAAUAUCUACCUUAGUUUGUUACGCCGCUUGCGUAUUUGAAGCUAAUGUUAAAUAUAUAUCUUUGAGCCGAGCGCCGGGUUACUAAACUAGUCUCACUUGU